AUUUCAUACGAAUUUUAUCUCAACUUUAUCAAACUAAAGCCCAGUUAAAAGCCUUGACCACUAGGCCUCAAUUUCCCACUUUCAUUCCAUCAUCUUUGCUUCCCUUGUAUACUAUUUGUUGGUAAAAAUUUUCUUAGAAGUUCGCUUCGGUUGUUGCAUUCUCUUUACAGUGACAAGUUUAGAAGAUGCCUGUGGCUGUGAACAUGAAGCGAAAACCAUCAUUCUUCAAGGUUCUAAUUGGGGACUUCUCCAAGCAAUUGACUAUUGCAAGAGAGGCAGUGAGAGAGAAAAACCUCAUGACAAAAAAGAUGAUAAUGCUGAAGGAUCCAAAUGGGAGGCAUGGCCUGCUAAAAUAUCUCUUGCUGCCGAUGGUUGUAUGAGUCUAUCUAACGGGUGGCUUGAUGUUAGCACACCAGCCUUGAAGGUUUACUAUAGGAAACGUGAUGAAAAGGGUAGAGAAUCUACACACCAGGGAACUACUGUUGUUGGAAAGGAGAAAUUGGAAAUAUUUCCAAUUGGGAAUGCCACGUGACCCAAUGAUCCAACUUAAGAAGGGAAUAUGUUAUGCAAAGUAUAUAAGGGUGGGAGAUUAGAUGAGAGAGGGGAGGAAGACUUUUUGGGUUUUGAUUUGGGUAGCCUUUGGUUGAAAGGGAGGUCUUUGGCUCUUCGAGUUGGGUGGGUGAAUGUAAAUAUUGGGAAUCUCCUGCUGAUUUGAUAAAUAAAAUCAAAUUUCUCUAAAUGAUUUGCCUUCUAUGUGUGUGUUUUUGUUUCUUUUGGUUGUUUUUUUGGGCUAAAAUUGCUUUUUGGAUCCUAUCGAAGUGAUAUCAAAAUUGAUGAUUUUGGGGUAUGGUAUCAACAAGAAUGGAAGGUCAUGUUGACGAAUUGGAACUUGGGUACGUUGGCUUGGCCCAGCAGAUGGUGACAAUGUCUUCCUGUUUGGAAGACUUAGAUAGGAAGAUUGAGCGAAGAGACUUCCGCUUUGACACCUUGGAUGGAUUUAUGCAAGAAAUUCUGUAAUGCAUUUCAAACGAAGUAAAAGGAAAAUCCAACAAAUCAGCUCACAUCUCCCUUACGAUCAUUAUAUGGGAUUCAAUAGUGUGAUUGACUUCCAUCCUGCCUAGAGCUUCCAAUGUUCUUUGGUGAGGACCCAUUUGGUUGGUUGGCUAAAGUUGAAUAGUAUUUUCAGGUCAAUUGUUUAAAUGAAGCAGAACAGUUGGGUUCAAUCCUUUUGUGUUUUGAAGGAGCUACACUUGGAUGGUUACAAUAGAAAGAGAUGUGCUUGUCGUUCAUAGAUUGGAAGAAUUUCAGGAAGGCAGUGCGACAGGGACUCCAAUCAUCUUUGUUGGAUAUGCCCCAUAUAGAAUUAAUGUCUUUUAAGCAAACAACCACCAUCGAGGGGUACUGAAAGCAAUUCAAGUUGCUGUGAGUGCCACUCAUCAACAUUGAGAAAACGACGAUGACUUCUAGAAUUAGUUUUUGUUUUGCUUCUCUGUUGUCAAAAGUGAAGUUGGAGGUCCAUGAGACUUCAACAAGGGAAAAAGUCUUGGACUGGGCACAAAAAAGUAGAUUAUAAGAAUUGGGCUUACUUGAAGAAGAAACCCAGGCCUAAUGUAUGCCAACCAAGACUUAUUUUACUACUUUGGUUGGAUAGUAUUUUAUGAUACACGAUACACAUCGUACGAUCUAAUAUGAUACCAAUAGAAAACAAUUCAUAUCCUAAGGUGUAUUGAAUUGAUGUCGUAAGUGUAUUGUACGAUAUGAUACAUAUUACUAAUAUGAAUUGAUGUACCCUUUUAGAAAAGUGAUGAUGUGGUAGAGUUGUAUCUAAGAAAUUUUAAUAUUUUACGAGUGUUUGUGUUAUUUUCUAAAAUGAUGAUGUGAUAGUUAGAAUUUUCUAUUAUUUUGUUAUUAUUUUGCACAAGACAUAUCUUAUAAUACAAUACAAUAUACGAUACGAAAAAUAUGGUUUUUGAUACAUGAUUGAUAUGUGAUUCGACUAUCAUGAAUUUAGCUAUAAUAAAGCUGGAAAAUUUGAAACACAAUCUCCUCUCAGUCGGCCAAACAAUUAGUUAAAACCCAAUAGUUUAAAUGAAGUCCAAGCCUCCCAAUAGUUUUCAAGGCCCAAUAGCAACAACUCCACCUCCAGUAGUUGAAGGCAAGGAUUUGAAAUUAGUAGAUGCUCAUAUUUCAGGUGGUGUUUAGAAGGUACAAUAAUGACUGUUGAUUCAGAUGAAGCUCUUACAAGUGCAUGUUCAGUUUUCUCAGCAUUAAGUGGGAGUUUUAUACCAUCAAAGGGGGUUGUGGUGCUGGAAGUGGUGUAAAGAUGGUUAAUCAGUUGCUUGCUAGAGUCCAUAUAGCAUUGUUAGCUGAGGCGAUUACCUUUGGUGCUUGAUUGGGUCUUAAUACCAGAUAUUUGCUUAAUAUCAUCUCCAACAAUGGGGAGUCUUGGAUGUUUGAGAAUUGUGGUCCACAUAUGUUGGACAAUAAAUACAAGCCUCACUUUGCACUUGAUAUCUUUGUGACGGAUCUGGGUAUUGUUACUCAUGAAAGCUCUUAUCAAGAAGUUGUGCUACAUAUUUCAGCUAUUGCGCAUUGUCAACUGUUAUUGGCAGGCUCUGCUGCUGGCUGGGGUUGUCAAGAUGAUGAUGGGGUGGUUAAGGUCUAUGAGGCAGUUACUGGUGUUAAAAUUGAAGGGCUCAUGGUUAAGAAAGGAGUUUUCUUGCAAUAUCUGCCACCUGAGUGGCCAAUAGAUCCCAGUGAUGACAUAAAGGGACUCAUUUAUCACAGUUCAGAGUUCCUCGAUGUCCUAGAUGAUGAUCCAACUGGAACCCAAACUGUUCAUGAUACUGAAGCAUUAACAGAAUGGAGUUAAUUAGAAGAUGCCUGUGGCUGUAAACAUGAAGCAAAAACCAUCAUUUUUCAAUGUUCUAAUUGGGGACUUCUCCAAGCAAUUGCCUAUACCACCUGCAUUCCUUAAGUAUUUUAAGGGGAAUUCAGUUGGAAAUUGCGUUCUUCGAAGUCCAACAGGGAAAUUUUGGUGUGUAAAAAUGGAGAAGAAUGUGAGUGGCACGUGUUUCGGGAGUGGCUGGCUUGACUUCGUGAAAGAUCAUUCUUUAGAAGUUGGCGACUUUAUGGUUUUCAAGUACUAUGGAAAAUCAAUGUUCACUGUUAAAAUCUAUGAUAAAACCAACUGCGAGAAAGAUAUAGGACCUGCCAAGAUGAACAAUGAUAAUCCCAAUUCCUGCUCUGGGAAUGGAAAUCAAAAUCAAGCAAGAGAUAAAAUCGAAGACUCAAACCCUCUGGUUUUCAAAGCUGGCACUGAAAGAAAACCAAUCACCUCUGUGCAGGGGAGUUAUUUAAGGCCUAGGAAGAAACCUGUCGUUCAAGUGGACAAGCAAACAACAAAAGCAACACUUCCAUUCAAAUCAGAGAAUUUCUGUUUCAGAUCAACUUGGACUGGGUCUCACAAAUAUAAUAUGACUAUUCCAAGCGAAGCAGUGAGAGAGAAAAACCUCAUGACAAAAAAGAUGGUAAUGCUACUGGAUCCAAAUGGGAGGUCAUGGCCUGUUAAACUAUAUCCUGCUAGAGAUGGCCGUCUGUAUCUAUCGAAAGGGUGGUUUGAUUUUUGUCGAGGAAAUAAGAUAGCAACAGGUGACACACUUGUUUUUGAGAUCACACAGGAAACUGCAAUGCAAGUUCAUGUAUUCCGAGCCAAAGAAAAGGCAGUACCCUUUCAAUCCAGAGUAUUUUAUCCUGUCAAGGUCAAAAAGAUUGAACCUGAAUGACUGUCAAAAAUUGCAAGGACGUCUUGAUUAUCAGUAUCUAGCAGUUUACUGUAAGUUUGUAGGUGUAGAUAUUUCCUUGUUUCGUUCAAUGUUGAACAACUUCCAAUUCCCACUCAGUCUUUUGCCUCUUUUGUGUAAUCAAUUCUCCUAAGAAGUUUCAAAUGGGUUGAAAUGUUGUUAGUUCUGGGAAAAUCCUUUGUUGAACACAGAAUGUUUAGUGUUCAUAAAGUGAAUCCGACUGUUAACUAAAUUAAAGUUAUUGACGCUACAACUACUUCACUAAAUUGGAGGUGGGAUGGAAAGCUAAUUUGUUCGCA